UCCGACACACGUGACCGCCGCCUCAGACCCACGUGACCACAGAGCUAGCUCCGUGGAAAGGCCUCAGUACAGCCUCGGCCCCUCCUGGAAGCUGUUUCGGGAUUUUGAGUCUCUGUGCUUGUGAAUUCUGUUUUGGAUAUUAUUGGUGCAAUUGUUGGACAAAAUGACUUGCUGUGGUAUUAAUUGCACUAAUAGAGCGUCCAAGGAGUCUCCACUUCAUUUUUUUCGCAGGCUUGGAGUGACACCUGUGUCCAUUCUUCCAUCCGGUAAUCCCCAGCGGUCAGGCCAGGCAGCCUGACCGGUGGGGCGGCUAGUUUCUGCGCGGGCUGACCGCUCGUGGAGCUCUCAGAGACAGAUCUGACCGGAGAAAUACUGCAGCUCGGUGAGAAGUCUAUAGGGCAUACAGCGUUUCCCUUAAAUCCCACCGCCACGCCGACAAGAUCCCAAGUUUCUUUGUUUUUGUUUGCGCUGUUUACAGAAGAAGCAGCGGGAACUAAUAUGUUGUCGCUUGUGAUCACAGCCGGCGGGUAGCAAGUAUGUACAGUCUAUGAUUUUACCGCUCCCUCCUGCAGUCUUCCCCUAUUAAAAUUUAAAAUGUGUAACUUCAUGUAUUGGGAUGAAUGACUGAUAUUCAUGUUAAACUCAAACGUUAGGUAUUUAGGGGGAAAAAACAAAAUAAUAAACAUUAUACAGAUGUCAAAUAAAUCAAACUGUAAUUAAACUACACUCUUAAAAAUGCUGGGUUAUUUUGCUAACCCAACUGCUGGGUUAAGGCUGAUUUUUAAGCAGUUGGGUCAAUUUAAUACAACAUUGGGUCAAACAUUUUGACCCAGCAUGUUGGGUUAAAAGGGGCGGUAAAAAGAAAGAUCCUCCCCCUCGUCUGUGCCAGCUUCACCAUUUUAAAGUGGAGGAUGACAAGGACUUGCCUCAUUUCCAUGGACCUUCACACCAGCAAUGUUUAAAAAUAAGGUAAGAUGUUGAUGAUGGAGUUUGAAAAUGUGUUCUGGUAAAGCAGUUGAAGGCAGGUAAUGCAGUAAACAAAGAGAUUUUAAGCCUACAAGAGAUUUUCAACCGAAUAUAGCUUCGAGUAGCUAGCUAGCUAUAGCUUCCUAGCAUCAAUCUACUUCAUUAGAUAUAAUGGAACAGAAAAUCUGUGACACAACUAUCUGCUCCAGACAGUGUUUUACCAUUUGUCCACCCUCCCUUUGUUUGUUAGACAUGAUGAGGCUCAGGAAGUUAGGCUUACUAUGCAUAGCAUCCCCACUAGCAGCAGGGGCUCUUUAUGCUGCGGUCUGUGCAAUACCUCCCGCUACUUGUGUAGCUCAGCACUACUUCUUUGGUAGUACCAAUUCUACUAUACAUUUCUGUGGGGAAAUGAGACAGGAGACCAAUAGGCAUAGUGCUACAGGAGAAUAAUAGCUUAUCUAAGUGGUUGCGCGCAGCUUUCCCGCUACUGUAACUGUUGCUGGGCAGAUUACGUUCACAGGUUCAUAUGCAUGUUACAUAACGGCACGCGCGCCAACUCCACAACCCCUGUCCCUGGGGUGGGGAGCAAACAAAUGGCGGCGCAACGCGCAAACUGCUACUGCUUUCAGUUGACAACAGCUCGCGCUACAUAGCGGUGAAAUAAAAUAUAAUCAGUGUCAGUCAGAGUCGUGUGCAGCAGCGCACAAAUAAACGGGCGGACAUUAACGUGAAAGUUAAUAGGUUCCAGCUGAUGAAGCACGCCAAAGGUAAACUGCUUGAUAAUCCAUCCGAAUCAUGGGAGCCAGAGUUUCAUGAUAAUGCCCGGUUUAUUUCACUCAAGGUAUGUUAAAGCUUGAAUAUAUGUAGAUGUGUACCAAAACAAAGUUGGAUGUUAAUUUAUAACUGUAGAUAUUCCCACAAAACUGUCAGGAAGUUCUGAGGAUUGUCAUCCAAUCCUCAGAAUCCUUGAGAUAAUGUGUUAGCUUUUGAAACGAUCUGGACGCGCUCUAUUUUUGAUAAUCUGCCCAAAGAUGAUCUAUGCUACUCCCUACUUGCAUACGUUUUAUUUUGUUAGCGUUUAACAGUAGCAGCAUGGCUGUGAACAGCGCGGAAGAUUUCCUCUCCAGUGUUGUGGGCAAUAUUACCAGAUGAAAACAAUUAAUUUCAGCAAGUGUUUGGGACAUUAUAAAAUAAUAAGCUUGUAGGACACAACAGAUUGAAACAGGGAACGGACAGGUGAGCUCACUGGCUACUGAUUUAGCAGCAUCUUACCAAACAGAUGACGUUAAAUGCACAGUUCAAGUGUUAAUUGUUGAUAAAUACUGCUUCUGCUUUGUUGUAUAAUCCUUUGUAAACUUCAAUUGUUAAUUAACUGCAAGUAAUAUUGGUGAUUAACUGUUAAAAAAAUACAGCAACCAAAUGUGAUUUCUGUUUUUUCUAAAAGAUGGAUGAAUUUGUGAAGGACAAACUUCUGGAAUGGAACCUCUCUGAAUACAUCCCUGCUUUUGAAGCUGAAAAGAUUGACAAAGACAGCCUUUUCCUCUUGGAUGCGAACAGCUUGACGACUUUGAUACCUCUCCUGGGUCCACGCCUGAAAAUUCAGAAUAAUUUAAAAAGAUUACUUGAGGUAUGACCAGUGUCAGAGGUCAAAACAGAAUGGGGUACGUGUGCUUUAAAUGUCAUAGGUCUUUAGGUCAUAACAUAAGAGCUUUUUUUAACCAUCUCAGAGUGGUGCAUCAUAUACUUUCUACUUCGACUUAUUUCCAGUGUGCUCAAGUUGGGUGCCAUCGCACUUUUGAUCAAAUAAGAUCAUUCAGACGACACAUAAUUGGGCAUGCUAUUGAGUUUGACAUUGAAACAGAAGAAAGUAGCACAGGUGAACUUCCUGACAGUUCAGUAGAUCCUCAUUUAAGUGUGCUAAAUGAGGUGGAAUGCUGUGAGACUACAGCAGAACAUUGGGAUGAGCUAGAGGAAGACAACAUAAAGGACAGAGUUGCACUCUUCUUAGCUAGGUUAAAGGCAACAUCCUCUCAGACAUUCAGUGGGAUUAGAGAUGUAGUUGAAAACACAUCAGGUCUUAUCAGAGAUGUAGUUGGUUGCUUAAAGAGAAAAACACUCUCUUUUUUAAGAGAGAUCGGUCACUCUGAGACUCCACAAGCAGAGGACCUCAUGGAGCAGUUCACCAAAGCAGCUGAACCAUUUCAAGGAUUUGAAUCAGAGUACAAGCAAAUGAAAUAUUUUACUCAGUCUGGGUUCUUCAUACAGCCAGAGGCAGUACCACUCCCUGGCUUUUCCUUUACACAAGAAAUUGAUCGAGAGUCAGGAAAUGUGAAACAAGUUGCAGUUCGGGACACUUUCCAGUAUGUUCCCUUGAAACCCAUGUUGAAGCUUGUUCUGGAAAGUCCAGGAACAAUAGAUAAGAUCUUUGAAUGGCAAAAUCUUGAAAAUGCUGCCUUAGAGGAUUUCAGAGAUGGCACAAUAUUUGAAACUAAUCCACUUUUCUCUAAAGAUUUCUCUAUUCCAUUGGUUCUUUACAGUGAUGAGUGUGAGAUGGUGAAUCCACUUGGCGCAAAAACAUCAGUCCACAAACUUGGUUUUAUCUAUUUCACAAUGAAAUGCUUGCCACAGGAAUACAUGUCUAGUUUAAAGUCUCACUUCUUGUUGGCAGUGUACAAAGCUGAUGAUGUAAAAACAUAUGGAAUGAACACAAUUUUAGAGCCAAUUGUGAAUGACAUUAAAGACAUGGAACUGAAUGGCUUUCAUGUUGAAACCACACGUUUUUCAGGCAUUGUUAAGGCUGGAGUGGCACAGGUCUGUGGUGAUAACCUUGGACUUAAUGGAAUACUUGGUUACACAGAAAGCUUUGCAGGCAAUAGCGUGUGUCGGUGGUGUCGAGUUCACAAGGAAGUGUUGAGGGUACAGACAGUUGAAGCUCCUUCAUCAAUACGUGACAAGGUUAACUACCACUCAGACUUGCUUCUACACAAACCAGCUGAAACUGGCAUCAAGAGAGAGUGCUCUCUUAACAAGUUGCAGUUCUACCAUGUGACUGACAAUGUUGCUCCUGAUGUCAUGCAUGAUAUCCUCGAAGGGAUUGGUGGUUAUGAAAUUAAGCUUGUGCUCAAUGCAUUGAUUGAACAAAAAAUUGUCACUCUUGAUCAGCUGAACUACAGGUUGACAAGCUUUGACUAUGGAUUUUGUGAUGUCCACAACAAGCCAUCAACCAUCAAACCUCAGGACUUGAAAAAUCCUGAUACUGGACUUAGGCAAUCUGCUUCACAAACAUGGUGUCUGCUAAGACUGCUUCCCCUCAUGAUAGGGGAUUUGAUUCCAGAGGACAACAAAUAUUGGGAGUUGCUUCUUUUAUUGUUGAGCUGCAUGGAGUUUAUUUUUUCUCCUUCAUUAACAGAAGGAGCAGUAGUCUUUUUGGGGCACAUCAUUGAGAAGCACCAUUGUCUUUAUUUAGAGCUCUUCCCAGACAGACAUCUAAAACCCAAACACCACUUCAUGCUUCACUAUCCCAGAGCCAUACGGAAACUUGGGCCUGUUGUUCACUUCUGGUCAAUGCGCUUUGAGGCAAAACAUGGGUUUUUCAAAAGAGUGAGUCAUGUUACCUGCAACUUUCGAAAUAUCUGUAAAACCCAAGCCUACAGACAUCAAAUAAUGAUGUGUUACACUCUCCUGUCAGGCCAGAUGUUUUGCCAUGAGUUUGAAGUUGGGCCAGGAUAUACCAAACUCCUUGGUACAAUAGAGGAUUUUGAGAAGGUCAAAUCUGGGUUUGAAGGAGUUGCUGUUAUUACAGACGUUUAUCUGCCUUCUUGGAUUAAGUACAAGGGCACUAGCUACAGGACAGGAAUGACAUUAUUUAUGUCUCAUACAGAUGACUGCGAGCCUCAGUUUGGAACUAUUCAGAGCAUUGUGGUACUUCGUUCGAAUACUAAGCUCAUUUUAAAAAAGUGGGAAACAAUCGGCUUUGAAAGGCAUUUUUUUUGCCUUCAAUGUUUCCCCUACCUCAGCGAUUGAAGCAGUGGACAUUGAUUCCAUUGCUGACUAUCACCCUCUCCAUGCUGUGAAAUCCUACAAGGAGAAUUGCAGUGACCUACAUUUCACUGAGGUACAGGCUAUUUUAAACCCAAAGGGUUUUAAGUACUGUCUUGAGCUUUGACCUGGUACUACCUCAUUUUUGUGACAAAUAAAUGUAAAUACAUUCAAAUCAUUAAAAUAUUUGAUUAAAAUCAAUAUAACUGUGGAGCUGCAUAUCAGCUUUAUCAUCAUCACUUUUGAUUCAAGCCCUAAACAAACGGAGUCUGUUUGUGCACCAGCUGACAAAUUGCAGCACGUGGCUCCUGUCCAGGGUGGAACAUCAUUUUCCACCCUCGGAAUCAAAGGCAUUGCUGGCAUCAUCAGUAGUGGAGCAGUUUCCAUGUCUAAAGGACAGUCUUGGCACAGGCUAUGAUGCGUGGUUCACCCCAGGAAGGAAACAUAGACCUGCAACAGGAUUCCUAGAGG